UUUUCUCGACUCGAGAUGUUAGAAGGUGCUAAAUCAAUAGGUGCCAGAGCUGCUACAAUUGCUUUAGCCGGAGCUGUUGUCGGUAUUGGAAACGUCCUCAGUUCUUUGAUUCAUUCCGUGGCGCGAAAUCCAUCAUUGGCUAAACAAUCAUUUGGUUAUGCCAUUUUGGGCUUUGCUCUCACCGAAGCUAUUGCAUUGUUUGCCCCAAUGAUGGCCUUUCUGAUCUCAUUCGUUUUCCGAUCGCAUAAAAAGUCAUGAGAUCAAAAAAGAAAUGUGAGAAUGUAGUUACAGAUGUAAAAAAAGUCAAUAUCUCG